CGACGGCGCUUCCGCCUGGCGGCCUGGGCCCGGUGUAGCGGCCCCGCGAUGUGGCUGGGCCCGGAGGAGGUGCUGGUGGCCAACGCGCUGUGGGUGACGGAGCGGGCCAACCCCUUCUUCGUGCUGCAGCGGCGCCGCGGCCACGGCAAGGGCGGCGGCCUCACGGGUCUUCUCGUGGGCACCCUGGAUGUAGUGCUGGACUCCAGCGCCCGAGUAGCCCCUUACCGCAUCCUGCACCAGACCCAGGACUCACAGGUCUACUGGACAGUGGCGUGCGGUUCCUCCCGCAAAGAGAUCACAAAACACUGGGAAUGGCUGGAAAACAACUUACUCCAGACGCUGUCCGUCUUUGACAAUGAGGAAGACAUCACCACCUUCGUCAAGGGCAAGAUACACGGUAUCAUCGCGGAAGAGAACAAGAACCUGCAGCCCCAGGGAGAUGAGGACCCCGGGAAGUUCAAGGAGGCCGAGCUGAAGAUGCGGAAGCAGUUCGGGAUGCCCGAAGGGGAGAAGUUGGUCAACUACUACUCCUGCAGCUACUGGAAGGGCCGCGUGCCGCGGCAGGGCUGGCUCUACCUGACCGUCAACCACCUGUGCUUUUACUCCUUCCUGCUGGGGAAGGAGGUGAGCCUGGUGGUGCAGUGGGUAGACGUCACGCGGCUGGAGAAGAAUGCCACCCUGCUCUUCCCCGAGAGCAUCCGCGUGGACACCCGGGACCAGGAGCUCUUCUUCUCCAUGUUCCUCAACAUCGGCGAGACCUUCAAGCUCAUGGAGCAGCUGGCCAACCUGGCCAUGCGGCAGCUGCUGGACAACGAGGGCUUCCUGGAGGACAAGGCACUGCCCAGGCCCUCCCGGCCGCAGAGGAACGUCUCGGCUCUGAAGCGAGACCUGGACGCCCGCGCCAAGAACGAGUAUUACCGGGCCAUGUUCCGGCUGCCCAGGGACGAGCGCCUGGAUGGCCACACAGGCUGCACCCUGUGGACCCCGUUUAACAAGCUGCACAUCCCUGGCCAGAUGUUCAUCUCCAGCAACUACAUCUGCUUCGCCAGUAAGGAGGAGGAUGCGUGCCACCUCAUCAUACCACUGCGGGAGGUGACCAUUGUCGAAAAAGCUGACAGCUCCAGUGUCUUGCCCAGCCCUCUGUCCAUUAGCACCAAGAGCAAAAUGACCUUCUUGUUUGCCAACCUGAAGGACCGUGAUUUCUUGGUUCAGAAGAUCUCUGACUUCCUCCAGAGAACGCCGUCUGAGCAGCUGGGCGGCAGCAGCGGGGAGAGGAAGGCCAGUGUCGUGGACCCGGCCCCAGAGGCGUCCCCAGCUCCUCAGGCAGCAUCAGAACAGCCCGCCAGCCCAACCUCACCCCUUGGUGGCCACCAGAGCUCCUGUGCACAGGAGGCGCCCACUGCUUCCCAGGGCCUGCUCAAACUCUUCCAGAGACAUGCGAGCAUGGAGGACCUGGGAGCCAAGGGGGCCAAGGAGAAAAUGAAGGAGGAGUCGUGGAACAUUCACUUCUUUGAGUUCGGGCGCGGCAUGUGCAUGUACCGCACGGCCAGGACGCGGGAGCUGGUGCUGAAGGGCAUCCCCGAGAGCCUCCGGGGGGAGCUGUGGCUCCUUUUCUCUGGGGCCUGGAAUGAGAUGGUGACUCACCCUGGCUACUAUGCUGAGCUGGUGGAAAAGUCCACUGGGAAGUAUAGCCUGGCCACGGAAGAGAUCGAGCGAGACCUCCACCGUUCCAUGCCUGAGCACCCCGCCUUCCAGAACGAGCUUGGGAUCGCUGCGCUCCGGCGGGUGCUAACUGCCUAUGCUUUCCGAAACCCCACCAUCGGGUACUGCCAGGCCAUGAACAUCGUCACCUCAGUGCUCCUGCUCUAUGGCAGCGAGGAGGAGGCCUUCUGGCUGCUGGUGGCCCUCUGCGAGCGCAUGCUGCCUGACUACUACAACACCAGGGUGGUGGGGGCCCUGGUGGACCAAGGCAUCUUUGAAGAGCUCACGAGAGACUUCCUGCCCCAGCUCUCUGAGAAGAUGCAGGACCUGGGGGUGAUCUCCAGCAUCUCACUCUCCUGGUUCCUGACCCUCUUCCUCAGUGUCAUGCCCUUCGAGAGUGCGGUGGUCAUUGUUGACUGCUUCUUCUAUGAGGGCAUCAAGGUGAUCCUGCAGGUGGCCUUGGCCGUCCUAGAUGCCAACACGGAGCAGCUGCUGGGCUGCAGCGACGAGGGCGAGGCCAUGACCGUCCUGGGCAGAUACCUGGAUAAUGUGGUCAAUAAGCAGAGUGUUUCUCCUCCUAUCCCACACCUCCAUGCCCUGCUGACCAGUGGAGAUGACCCUCCUGCAGAGGUGGACAUCUUCGACCUCCUGAAGGUGUCCUAUGAGAAAUUCAGCAGCCUGAGGGCCGACGACAUUGAACAGAUGCGGUUUAAACAGAGACUGAAAGUAAUCCAGUCCUUGGAGGAUACAGCCAAGAGGAGUGUGGUCCGAGCUAUACCUGGGGAUAUUGGUUUCUCAAUUGAAGAGCUGGAGGACCUCUACAUGGUGUUUAAGGCCAAGCACCUGGCGAGUCAGUACUGGGGGAGCGGACGCCCCGCAGCUGUGCGUCGGGACCCCAGCCUCCCCUACCUGGAGCAGUACCGCAUUGACGCCAGGCAGUUCCAGGAGCUCUUCGCCAGCCUGACGCCCUGGGCCUGCGGCUCCCACACGCCCGUGCUGGCAGGGCGCAUGUUCCGGCUCCUGGAUGAGAACAAGGACUCGCUGAUCAACUUCAAGGAGUUCGUGACAGGGAUGAGUGGGAUGUACCACGGGGACCUGACAGACAAGCUCAAGGCGCUCUACAAGCUGCACCUGCCCCCAGCUCUGAGCCCAGAGGAGGCCGAGUCAGCCCUGGAAGCGACCCAUUAUUUCACGGAGGACAGCUCCUCAGAAGCAUCUCCUCUGACCUCAGAUCUGGAUCUUUUCCUGCCCUGGGAGACUCAAGAAGCACUACGGCAAGAAGAGCGAGAGGGAGCUGGAAAUGAGGAAGUUCGAGAUAAAAGAGGAGAGGAGAAGGGCACCAGCCCUCCUGACUAUCGGCACUACCUUCGGAUGUGGGCCAAGGAGAAAGAGGUUCAGAAGGAGACCUCCAUUAAGGAUCUUCCCAGGAUGAACCAGGAACAGUUCAUUGAGCUAUGCAAGACGCUUUACAACAUGUUCAGUGAAGACCCCAUGGAGCAGGACUUGUACCACGCCAUCGCCACCGUGGCCAGUCUGCUGCUCCGCAUCGGCGAGGUGGGGAAGAGGUUUUCAGCACAGCCAGGCAGGAAGCCCAGGGACUGUGCCCCUGAGGAGGACGAGCCGCCAGCCUCUGACCCCCCUCAGGACCUGGCCCAGGAGCUUCAGCCACCGGCUGCAGGCGACCCCCAGGCCAAAGCCGGCGGAGACACCCACCUUGGGAAAGCGCUGCAGGAGAGCCAGGUGGUGGGCGAAGGAGGUGGCGGUGAGGGCCAGGGCUCCCCCUCCCAGCUUCUGUCCGACGAUGAAACCAAGGAUGACAUGUCCAUGUCCUCCUACUCGGUAGUCAGCACGGGCUCCCUGCAGUGUGAGGACCUGGCUGACGACACAGUGCUGGUGGGUGGGGAGGCCUGCAGCCCUGCCGCCUCCAUCCGCUGUGGAGGCGCCGUCGACACCGACUGGUGCAUCUCCUUCGAGCAGAUCCUGGCCUCCAUUCUGACAGAGUCUGUGCUGGUGAACUUCUUUGAGAAGAGGGUAGACAUUGGACUCAAGAUCAAGGACCAAAAGAAGGUAGAGAGACAGUUCAGCACCUCCAGUGACCACGAGCAGUCGGGGGUCUCGGGCUGAUGGCUCUGCCGAUCAAUCGGGGGCCUCUCUCUCCUCCCUCCUUCCCUCCAGUUCUGUUUUCUCCUUAAGGACACAGCCCUCCUGUUCUCCCCAGAAGCAGUGAGUUGUAAAUGGAAAGAAGGCUGAGCAGCCACACUUGGGACCCAGGCAGAGGCUCCCUGCCCCCCUGUUCCUGCCUGCCUGGUGGGCCCUGCCUUGGGCCCUGCGUGGUGACAAACUGAGGCUCUCAGACUGGCCUGUGCUGUGGCCAGGCCACGCUGCCUCCUCUGCCCACGGGCGGACUUCUGCUGCUAUGUGCUCUGGGGGGCUUUCCUGCCACUUGGUGCCAGGUAGGGGCGUCACAUGAUUGUUGGGCACCAAAGUGGCGGGACCUUCAAGGUGCUCUCCAGGAGCCCCUGAGCCUGAGCUUCUGGCUGAGGGACACGGGCAGGAAGUGUCCACUGCACUGGGGUGGGUGCCACACAGGCGUUGCUCUAAAUGCCCUUUCAGCUCAUCAUCCUCACCAUUAACUUUAAAAGCACAUCCCUCAGGUCCCAAUAUAUUUUCUUGUGUUCAUUUCAGUUGGCUAAAAAUCACACUGUGCUCAAUGCCUUAAUAAAAUGCCUGAAAGAACUAAAAACCA